UCAUGAUAUGACCUCUACUCUUUUAUAUAUGAAGAUGAAAGCUUUAAUCAGUAAUACAUUGUCAACUUUACUGAAAUCGCAGAAUUUUGUUUUAUGUAUAAUUAACUUUGUGAACGAUAUUAAUUUGUAUCUUCAAAUUAUAAAAUUGAAGCAUUAUCUGAUUAUUAUUUGUUAUUGUUUGUAUUAUUUAUAGUUAUUAAUUGUGAAAGACACGGAUAUUUUAAAACGUACAUUUAUAUGUUGAAUAUUCUCCUAUACGUAUAUAUUUAUAAAAAUAUAAGGUCAUUUUGUUUUGGUGUAUAAUUCAAAUAAACUUAAUACGUCACAUAUAAAUUUAAAAAAAUUUUUACUUUUUAUUCUUAAAUAAUCAUGUUUACAAAUAAUAAAAUUGUUCAUGUAUCAAUUUUAGAAAUAAUUAAAUUACAUCUUCUCUCUUUUAUAUAUGGAUUGUAUUUAAUAGUGAAAAGAUUUCUUAAAUGGAUCUGGGAUCCUAAAAAGUUUUUCAUGAUGCAACAGCGAGAUAAACCCCCACCUUGUUUGAUAGAUAAUAAUUUAGGAAUUCAUUCUUAUAUAAAAAUCAAGAGUGUAAAAUUUCAUUAUGUAGAAGCUGGAAAUAAAAAUAAAUCACUUAUAUUACUUUUACAUGGAUUUCCUGAUUGUUGGUUAUCUUGGAGAAAACAAAUACCAUGUCUUGCUAAACAUUAUAGAGUAAUUGCAAUAGAUUUAAAAGGAUUUGGAGAUAGUGAUAAACCAGCAGCUAAAAGUUGUUAUAAAAUUCAAGUCUUAAUUGAAGAAUUAAAACAAAUUAUUUUAACUUUUGGAGUAAAACAGUGUAGCAUAAUUGGCCAUGAUUUAGGAGGACUUUUAGGAUGGUAUAUAGUAGCCUUAUAUGGAGAUAUGAUUGAUAAAUUUGUUGCAGUUUCAUGUCCACAUCCUAAUUUCUAUUGGAACAGAAGAUUAGGAGAUUCUAUCUUUGAUUUGAAAUGGAUACAUUUUAGUAGAUUACCAUUUUUUCCUGAAAUUGAUGCUCUUAAAGAAGAUUUAUCAAUUAUAAAUGAUGCAUUUCAACAUCUUCAAUUAAAUAAUACAAAUACUGAGAAAGAUUAUGUAGAAGCAUACAAAUAUGCAUUUAGCAGAAAAGAAGAUUGGACUGGGGCUAUUAAUUAUUAUAGAAAUCUUCCUUUUAUAAAGCUUAAUACAGAUUCUUGUGAUCAAAUUUCUACUCAAACUUUACUUAUAAUUGGAAAUAUAGAUCCAAUUGUAACAAUAGAAAAUAUUGUACAAAGUUCUGAAUAUAUUGAAAAAUGUAAUGUAAAAGUAAUAUUAGGAGCUCAACAUUUUCCACAUCAACAAAAACCAGAUAUGGUAAAUGAAGCAAUUUUAAAAUUUUUUAUGGGUAAGCAAUUUAAUAAAUAUUUAUAUAUAUUUUAUUAUAUAAUAACUAGAUAUAUUUUAGGAACAACAAAUCAUAUAGAAAAAACAUCAUCUAAGAAUAUUAUGUCUUCAUGGCUUGAACCUUUUAAUAAAACUGUCAAGUAUGGUAAUCAUAUGUUUGAUGCUGUCCAUAAAAAAACUAAUGAUGUAGUUAAUGUUUUACCAAGUAAAAUACUUUAUUUAGGUCAAACUACAAAUUAAAUUAUAUUUUUUUUUAUAUUCAUCAAAAUAUAAAACCCACCAAAAUUUCA